CUGGACGGCGAAUACAACCCAGAGGAUCAGAACUACGUCAAGGUUGUAGAACUCUUUACACCCGAAAUAAUCGUGCGUUAUUGCCCGAUCUACAGGAAAAAGGCGUUUUCAAACAAAUGGAUGUAGAGGAAAUAACAGCGGAAGAGAAAAAUCAUGGGAAGAUGAGAGCUGCUUGUGUUUUAUUGAUGUACUUACCACGUCGCACUGUGGACUGGUUCAGAUGUUUCUUGCGGGUCUUGAUUGAUUGCGACCUUGAGGAUAUUGCUGAAAUGCUCGAUCCAGAUAUGUUCAAAGAUAUUAAACAAGUACAGACAAAUGUUCGAAGCCGUGAAAUAACUUCGAUUAAAAGUUCAAAUGAAUUCAGAAGUGCAAAACCAAAAGUAGCUUCAAAGCCAAAGUUUAGAUGGCCGCCAAGUAACCUGAAUAACAGUACCAGUAAAACGGAGGACAAUUUAAGUUUAAAUGCAGAAUCAAAUAAAAACGCUGAAACGAAAAUUUCUGAAAAAGUAGAGGACGACUUGGUGAAAGCUGAUAAGAAAAAAGUGAUUUAUUCUCGAAAUAUCAAGACAAAGAAUCCAAUCGUCGAAGAAGCAUAAGAAAAUAGUGAUGAUGUGGUGAUCAAUUUGGACUACAGUAACGAAAAAUUAGAUUACCUCACAGCUAAUGUUGCCGAAAGAAAGAAAAUAGACAAUUCUAUGGCAGACUGUGAUGCCGAAAUCCUUUGGCCUGAUAAAAAACGAGGGAAAACUCAAAUUCUUUUGCGAUCUAUUUCAAAGGACAAAACGGACGCCAACACAUGGUCAAGGAAAAAGAAAGUCUGGAAACGAAACGUUAUUGUAACAUUUAAAAACCUGCUUUUUCAGGUUGCUGUGCCUGAAAACAGGCCCAAGUGUCCAUUGUCAAGUAUAAGCAAAAUCAUGUGCGGAAAAAACACACCAUGUAAACAACAAAUUACACCGGUAAGGAAUAAACAAUUAUUUGGUAAGAGACCAACCACCGAAACACAUGAAAACCUCGGUUCGACAAAGC